UGUUGAUGAGAGUCCGGGAAGGUGUUGCUUCAGUGGGCAUGACGAUGGCGCAAUGUCCACAGCGUUCCGUGGUUUUUCCUAUAUUAGGAUGGCAAAAGGACCUUACAGUGAUACCCCCGUUGUCACGACAGAUCAUUCGGGACUUUUACAUGAGUAGGUCGGGCACGGAGCGAAGCUUCGACCGAAGUUAUAACUUCUUCGUUGAAGCCUACGUCGACCUGAAAACACUGAGGACAAACAAAUGCAAAAAAAGAAACUAUGUACCACACGUGUGACAGCGGAAGCGAUCGAGAGGAACACGCGCCAGCAAUCUGAAAGCCCGACGUGGCACGAAGAGCGGAGGCAUCGUUUAACAUCUUCACAGUUUGGCACUGUUCUAAUCCGGAAAGAGUGGUCUCUGAAAGGACUGGAGAACUUGACAAGGCAAAGGGACCUUUCGAAAGUGGCUGCAGUCAAGUACGGAAUAUCCAACGAACCCGUUGCGGCACAGAGGUACAAGGAGGUUCUACACAACAUGGGCCACGAUGCGGUCAUCAGCAGCUGCGGGCUUCUAGUCAGCCCCUCCUGCCCUUGGCUUGGUGCUUCUCCUGACCGGAUCGUGUUUGAUCCAGUGGAGGAUUCGUAUGGAGUGGUAGAGAUCAAGUGCCCGUAUUCGCUACGUGACCAGCAAGCGUGCAACCUUCCAGGGCUCAAUUUCUGUUGUGAGGUGGAUGAAAACGGACCAAAGCUAAAACGAGACCACCAGUACUAUGCCCAGCUGAUAGGACAGAUGGCCAUAUCAGGGCUAAGCUGGGGAGACUUUGUUGUUUACAGCAAGGAUUUUAUUCUGAUUGAACGGGUGAAGUUCAGCCAAAGCGAGUGGUCCACCAUGAAGGAAACGCUGGACUAUUUUUAUUUUGACACACUGCUGCCAUACUUAGAAACCACUAUGUAGACCUCAUGAAACUAGUUUGUACAUAUGCACUUGUGGGAAUUUUGAACCCCCUGUAUUAUAUGCCCUGAAAACAUAACUGCAAUAAAUUAUAAAUCUGA